AUGACGACCGGUAAUACCCCAGCAGAGGACCUAUAUAAUUCUGAACGAUCUAGGACACCUACCACUUUCAGAGUCGGUAACGUAACCACUAGCACGCGAUCUCAGCCUCAAGCAGGAUCUCAAGCAGAAACUUCAUCCGGUACUGCCAAUCAGACAACUUCAUCUUCUGGUCCAAGUAAGAUUAUACCUAGGGAUUUCAUGUCAGCGCCACCACAUACAGGAAGCUCGAAGACCGGAGGGUCUAACAUACUCGAGCCGGAAUUCAACGAUGGCCGUUAG